AUGGCCGACCUUAUGAACGCUCUUUACCGACGCCCUCGACACUUUGGACGGGUUGACAGACAGUUUACGGACUUUGAUAACGAAGAAGUAUGUCGAAGAUACAGAUUCUCAAACGACAACAUCGACAGACUUGUGGACCUUUUGACUGACAGACUGAAACGUCCGACGCAAAAUUCUUUGACUGUUCUGCAGCAGGUUAUGAUAGCCCUGAGGUUUUACGCCUCAGGUGCUUUUCUACAGGUUAUUGGAGACACAUUUGGUGUGGACAUUGCAACAGUUUCGAGGAGAGUGACUGACGUGACGAACGCACUUUUCGAUUUACGGGACAGGGCCAUCAAAUUCCCUACUGAAGCCGCCGACCUCCAAGCAGCAAAGUCGGCAGUUUAUGCCCGAACAAACUUUCCCUCGGUCGUUGGGUGCAUAGAUGGAACGCAUAUCCAUAUACAAUCUCCCGGAGGGUUGGAUGAGGGUGCCUAUGUAAAUCGAAAACGAAGACAUAGUAUCAAUGUUCAAGCUUCCUGUGACCAUAGAGUCUUUAUCACAAGCAUCAGUGCACGUUUGCCAGGGUCAUGUCAUGAUGCCCACGUGUGGAGGACCUCCAGUAUAUGCAAACACAUGGAAGUGAAUCACCAAGGAAACGGCAGUGAGGAAAGAUUCGACAAGGCUCACGUCAAAACCAGAAACAUCAUUGAAAUAGUUUUCGGAGAAUGGAAAAGGAAAUUUCAUGUUCUACACGGAGAGAAAUAUAAAAUAUCAUAUGCAUAAGCAACCAAGUUAAGAUGUUUUCUAAUGAAUAAGGGUAUUCACUAAUGGUGUUAUGGCAAUCAUCAAGUAAACUUGUUUAGUUUUGCAGUUGUAAGUGACCUAUCAAGAUGAUCAUUGGGCUUUUCCUAGGCAAGAAGUAUGAAUUGAUGCAGGCUGAUAAAUGUAUUUAUGAACUAACAUCAUAGGGACACAUACUGUAUUUUUCCAGUUCAUCUGUUGUUCCAUCUAGCAGACAUUGGAAAGUACUGCUUUGGCUUAGUUUGUUUAGAAAAAAAUCAAACAAAUGUACCCUAAAUGGCCCUGAGCUAAUAAACGAAUACACAGGAAAUCGGCCCCUACUGUGACACCAGCCCAAUUAGCAGAAGAUGCACAGUAGGGGAUUAUCAUGGCAAACAUUCCUUAAACUAGGAUGUUAUAUUAUAUAGUUUUAACAAAAUAGACCGAGAUAAUUUUUAAUUGAUCUCUUUUCAUAUUCAUCUAAGAAAGUCUUCAUAGCUUCAAGUCAUUUAAGAAUAGAAUACAUACAAAAAUUAGUUUUUACAAUGUAUUUCAUUCAUAAUUCUUAUUGCAGAUUCGAAUGAAGCCUGCAAAGGUCUACAGAGUGAUUGUUGCUUGUGCAGUCCUGUACAACCUUUCGAUUCUUGGAAGGAGCUAUGGACCGAUGGAUGGCAAGGGGAUCAGAGCCCAUAUUUUACAGACAUAUUUCAGCUCAUAAAAAAUAUUUAAUCAUGAUCCUAUAGUGUUAAUGGUUUCAUGCCUUAAAGCUGCACUCUCACAGAUUCACCAUUUUUACAACUUAUUUUUUUUUUGUCCUGGCAAGAGCAAUUUUUGGCGUACUAGAUAUCAUUUGCAAACUAGUGAUAAAAGACUACUGACAAAAAAUCAGCAGAUUUUCAUAUUCCGUUCGAAAAUUGUCGUUUUAUGAAUCAAACCAUUACGGUUUAAGAAAAUUGCAUAUAUUAACAUCAUUUUUUUCAAUUAACUGUAAAAGUCUGCGAUCUAAUUUUUUGUCCGCAAUUUUUUAUAACGGGUUUCGAUGGACUUCGCAAAAAUUGGCUCGUUCCUAGACAAAAAAUAAAAAUGUUGUCAAAACGUACAAUCUGAAAGUGCAGCUUUGAAUUGAAACUCUUACUCAAAAUCGAUACAUACACAUUUAUAACAGCUUUUAACUUGUUACUCAGUUUGCAUUGAUUAAAACUAUUAAUAACUGAUAACAAGAUUGUAUCCGUGUGUUUAAUAGCAGAAAGUGCAAAAAUAUUAAAUUAUUUGUGAAUGCUAACAGAUUUACUGUGGUCUACUAUAGCCCUUUAAGGUAGAAAUACCAUGUCUAUGCUCAUUUCUUUCAAAUUAAACUCCGUAUCCUUCAGAAGAAUGUUUUUGACAUUUAUACAACCUUUUUGGAAUAUUAAAACAAUAUUUAUAAUCGUCCUAAAUUGUAUUUGGG